AAUACCAACUACUUCCAUUGCAGUCGAAUGUUUUUGAGUUAACCAUGUGCGACCGUCUUCCCUCCAUCCCCCUAUCCUUUCCUCUCACAAAAUCUCCAAAAUUAGGGUUUACCAGAACCAAUUGGAGCUCCUGUAUCCAACUGCAUCCUUACUUUUACCCGCCAAAUUGCUCGAAACCAUCCAAUUUCACGAAUUCAGAACUCGCAAACUCCAGAAAUGGGAGGUCUUUGUUCCUCAGCAGAAGGGCCAGCGAGAAUCCGAUAGCUGAUUGCGGGAUUCCGGCCGAUUUAGGGUUUAAGGAGCAAGGGGAGAACCUCUUCAACCUCGAAGGUGAGGCAAUUGAGUCAGUAACGCGACAUGGGAUUGAUCUCAGUGAGGAAUCCAAUGCUUCAUUGGGUUCAGAAAAUUUUCUGGAAUCGGAGGGCGGUUCGGAGGAGGAGAACCGAAAUCGAAAGAGUAAUGGGAGCGUAAAAGAGGAGAAUCGGGUCCGAAUGGCGGGUGCGGACGGUGAUCGGUUGGAGAAGGAGGAGAAUUUGAAGCACAUUGAUGAAAAAGUUGAACUAAGAAAAGGGAGGCAGGUAAUGAGGAGGUCCAAUAUUCUUGCAAAGCAAGUUAUCAGUAUUCAAAGUGCCCUCAGCUUGGGAUUUGUCUCUCAGCUUUGGGUGAAUACCAAUUCAUGGAUGGUAAAGUUUGUAGAAGUGAGGCGAAACUUGCUUUCGGGAGAGUUUGAACGUUUUCUUCUCGACGAUAUUACCCAGGUUGGUGAUGUUGUGCUUGUCGAGGACGAGAGUGUGAUUGAUGAUGAUGAAUUUAAGAUUGUUGGACUGGAAACGUUGGUAGGAUACCAAGUUGUAACACCAGGUCGACGAACAAUUGGAAAGGUGCGGGGAUACAGUUUUAACAUCAAUUCAGGGGCUGUCGAAUCCCUUGAACUUGAUUCAUUUGGGAUUUCCUAUAUUCCAUCAAGUUUGGUGAGUACCUAUGCGCUGUUUGUUGAGGAUGUUCUGGAAGUUGUGUCUGAUGCCGUCAUUGUGCAUGAAGUUGCAGCUUCGCGCAUACACAGGCUGACCAAGGGUAUCUUGGACGGCCAAAAUAUUGCAAGCUCUGUAGAUGAUCUCGACGAAUAUUCCGACAUUGAAAGACCCGUAAGAUCGGAUAAGUAUACAAGAAGAAGAAAUUUUGGUGACCAGAAGUUCAAUUCCAGGAAAAGCAAGACCGAUGGCAAUGAUGAUUGGGACCUUCCACUGGAUUACUUCUGAUCCUCAUAGCGUUUUGUUGACUUCUUGUAGAUAUCAACCUAAAGAACCUUGUGAGUAGAUUUCAACAUAAAAUGUUGGAAUCAUGCUGUUUUAGUCAUCAUAGGCUUUGUACAUGUUCAUAUUUCGAUUCAAACACAAUUUAUCUGAAAAUCACAGUCUAACACGUA